CUGUACCAGAUGCACCAGAAUCCCCAGCUGUAUCUGAUGUUUUCCAUGACAACUGCACCAUCACCUGGCAACCACCAUUGUCUGAUGGUGGCGCCCCCAUAAUCGGCUACCAACUUGAGAGAAAGACUGGAACAAGUCAAAGAUGGGUGAAGGCCAACAAGGACCUGAUCCCUGAACUGACAUUUAAGGCUGAAGACUUGAUUGAGGGUAAUCAAUAUGAGUUUAGGGUUGCAGCAGAAAACAAGGCUGGGCUUGGACCAUACAGCUCACCAUCACAGCCAAUCACUGCUAAAGACCCAUGGG